UCGUCACCGUUCUCGGGGGCACGCUCAGUGGCAAACGGCCCGCGGUCCCGCCCCAGCGCCCAUCGCCCUCGGCAGCUGCUGGCCUCGAGCGUCACCCGUCGCGUCCGCCGACCCGAGACCACGGAAGCAGUGACGUCGGGGUGCACAGCUGAGAGCCAGGUUCUGCGGGGUGAGCUCUCGCGCUGAGGUCCACGCUACCGCCGCCAUCAUGAAAACGUCUGCAGGACGCCGCGCUUCGGGCGCCGCCGGGCCAACUUCCGGUGAAGCCGAAGCCGAAGGCGCGAGCGCCACUAGCGGAUCAGGGAGCGGCAAGAGCGGGACGACCGAGGCCGCCACGAGCCCUCGUGAGGGCAAGCCGGCCAGCGACAAGGUCAUCAAGUCGGCCUUGCGCGUCCUCAAACUGCGCCUGGACAGGGUGGGCCGGAAGCUCUCCGAGCUGGACUUCGACAACCGCGCGCUGAUGGGCCGAGUACAGUUCUUCCGCUCGGAGAACUGCAAGCUGCACCAGGCGCUGGAGAAGGAGCGCAUCAAGGCGCGGAACAGUCCGGACAGAACCGCGGGAGGACCCGCCGGAACCAGCUACGGCGGCGCAUGCGCACAGGGAGGCGCGACGUCCGGCUCGCCCGCCAACGCCUCGUCUUCGGCCGCGGCCCUCCUCGAUGGCGAACGAGGAUCUCCGACCGGCGCCAACGUUACCGCCAUCAGUUCGACGGGCAUCGAGCAGGAACCGUGGCCGCUGUCCCCUUCCACGCCCGGCCGUUCGAGCCUGCUAACCGAAAUGAUGACGCCGUCCACGUCUUCGGCCUCGUUGGACGCCAUUCUGAGUCACCGACGCCAGCUGAGGAGGCUGCCGCAAGAGCCUCAGGAGCAGCACGCCGUCAUCGCUCUGGCAUCGACCGCGACGACGCCGAUUUCGACGCCGCGGCUGGCUCUGCCUCCGCCCAUCCCGUCCACGCUUCCGGUCUUCACGUUCGGCCAGACACAGCGCUCGAACACGUCGUUCCAGGAUGUUUCCGAAGACCCGAUUUUCCUGUUCACGGAUCUCUUCGAGGACACUUCCGACGAGUCGGUCAACAACAACUUGGGCAUCUCGAGACAGGUUCGUUUUCGUGCAGGUCCAGGCCUCGUCUCAAGUAGUGUCACAGUCCAAAAUGCUGCCUCGACCGACACGGUGCCCUCGACGAGCAUCGCGGCCAAGCCCUUCUCGUCGAACACCACGGUCGCCUCGGACGUGGCCUCGACGUCGAGAGACCAGCAGCUGGACCAACCGGAAAAGCAGGAUCCACACGACCGGCAAGACCAACACGACCUGCGGGAGCCGCACGACCGGAAAGAACAGCCCGACCAGCGGGAACCGAAUGACCAGCAGCCACUGCAGGACCAGCAGGUCUCCUCGACGACCUCUGACCCUAAUUCGGAAAGCAAGGGGACCAGGAGUCGCAGUCCCCUGCCCGACGAGCCCGACUUGUACGAGCCGAAGUACAGCAUGUCCUCCUCGUCCCUGGACUGAUCCGGCGAGAGAGAGCGCGGCCCUCCUGCUCGACGCCCACCGGAUAUUCCGCGUUCUGCAGUAUCGAAAUGAGCUGUCGCAACACUUCAUUAAGUACGCGUGGCCGUGACGUCAGAUGCACGCCACUCACGCCGUCUCGAACGUUUAGCCAAAGUCCACUCGCGCCACCCCGGCGCUUUAGAUGCUUGAGUGAGUGUAGCGCGAACUUAGACCACGUUCAUUGAGUGUCGCGCGUGAGACGCGACGUUGUGCGCUUUGAUCCCCUGCAGCGUACAACAGAAGCCGUUCCAUUUCGCACAGCUCACAUGUCUGGCAAAACGCAGCGUUGCACAGAUCGUUAAGAAACGUCUUCUGUCGAAUGUUCGUGUUUCAAGACGAUUUGGUCACUGCAGACGACAGUAUGCCAAAGCGAUGGUCACGGGCAGAAGCUUUAGUCUUAGCGUAGAACAUUCUGCGCUGAAGGUAUGAGAACCAUAUCGGGUUCGAUGACUUCUAAAUAUCGCCUGAACUGUACUUCUUGUCUUUUACGCGACUGACUGAUAUAGCGCAGUGCGCAUGACACGUGAGUUGUAUAACGCACAUUUCAGUGUUACAUCGCACACGUGGAAUCUUGGCUACUAAAUUACGAGCUUCCCUAGUGCA